CUGUUCUCCAGCGAUAAGAACCACGAUCGUUAAACUGUUGGAAGACAAAACAAAAAAAAUACAAAUCUUCUUUACGUCCUAAGAUAUUUAAUGACACCUGGGUUUUGAUCGGAGAACCUAAAGGUCUAGACUUUCCGUAGGAUAUGAAUCUCGCGGCUAGCUUUCGCGCCAAUUACGGCGUCUUGCCGCAAUGCUGCAGCUCACGUUGCUGCAGUCUUCAGUUUCAGCCAUUGGUAGCUACUUCGAGUUUAGGUUUUGGGCAGAGAGAUAGCUAUCGGAGAAAGAAGGAGCUGAAGCUGUUCCCAGUUCAAAGAAAGAGGGAGACUUUUUGUAGAGUGACGGAUGCACAAACGGAACCAGAUGGCAAUAACGAUGAGGAAAGUGGAGGAGAAGACAAAGAGGCUUUAGCAGAUGAACCUCCUUCACAGGCUCCUCCUACUGAGUUGGUUCCAGAGGCAACUGUUGUGGAUGAGGCCGUAGGCAGUAAUGAGGAAAACAAAGUUCAAUUCAGCUCUCAGGACGGUGAUAAAUUAGAAGUUAGCACCGGUUCUCCUCUUCCUGGUGUGAAUGACGGUGAUAAAUUAGAAGUUAGCACUGGCUCUCCUCUUCCUGGUGUGAAUCCGUUACAACUGGAUGAUUCCAUGAGACUCCCCAAAGAAACGAUUGAUAUCCUCAAGGACCAAGUAUUUGGGUUUGACACCUUCUUUGUUACAAGCCAAGAACCAUAUGAGGGUGGGGUGUUGUUCAAAGGAAAUCUAAGAGGCCAGCCUGCUAAAAGCUACGAGAAGAUAAAGACAAGAUUGGAGAAUAAAUUUGGUGACCAGUACAAGCUUUUCCUUCUCUCCAAUCCAGAGGAUGAUAAACCUGUGGCUGUUGUUGUUCCUAGAAGGUCCUUGGAGCCUGAGACAACAGCUGUUCCUGAAUGGUUUGCUGCUGGUUCUUUCGGAUUGGUGGCGUUGUUCACAUUGUUUCUCCGUAAUGUACCCGCCUUGCAAUCCGACUUACUAUCAGCAUUUGACAACCUUGAGCUGUUGAAAGAUGGCUUACCAGGAGCUCUCGUCACCGCUCUUGUCCUCGGAGUACAUGAACUGGGACACGUUUUGGUUGCAAACAACCUAGGGAUAAAGCUCGGUGUUCCAUUCUUUGUUCCAAGUUGGCAGAUAGGUUCUUUCGGUGCUAUAACGAGAAUCAAAAACAUCGUGCCCAAACGAGAAGAUCUUUUGAAGGUCGCAGCUGCAGGACCUUUGGCAGGCUUUUCUCUGGGGUUUGUUCUGUUUCUUGUAGGGUUGGUCGUACCUCCGAGUGAUGGUAUUGGCGUUGUAGUUGACUCAUCAGUGUUUCAUGAGUCCUUCCUCGUUGGUGGUAUUGCAAAGCUCUUACUCGGUGAUGUACUAAAGGAAGGAACAUCGAUAUCUUUGAACCCACUUGUGAUAUGGGCAUGGGCUGGACUCCUCAUCAAUGGCAUUAACAGCAUCCCUGCAGGAGAGCUUGAUGGUGGUAAAAUAGCUUUCUCCAUUUGGGGUAGAAAGGCCUCCACACGGCUCACGAGUGUCUCCUUAGCGCUCCUGGGUCUAUCUGCGCUGUUCAGUGACGUGGCAUUCUACUGGGUGGUGCUGAUAUUCUUCCUGCAGCGUGGACCAAUAGCACCGCUAGCUGAGGAAAUCACUGAGCCUGAAGAGAAGUAUGUGUAUCUAGGAAUCUUGGUUCUCUUCCUCUCCUUGCUUGUGUGUUUGCCUUAUCCGUUUGCUUUCACCGGUCAAGACGCCAUGAUGAUUGGCUUGUGAAAUGAGACUCAUCAUUAUACAAACAAAGAGCAAUAACUAUAACUUUUAGUUUUGGUCUCUAAGUUACAUAACAUUUAUAUUUGAAAGAGACUUUGAAUGGUUGAAAAAAGAAAAUGGACCAACAUUAUUUAUGGA